GUUGGGAAAAGGAGGAGAAAAUAACACUGCUGUUAUUGCUGAGGAGCGGCAUUAAAUUACCUUUAUUUCGUCUUAUCUCCUCCAUCAUUAUCAAACACAAUCUGGUCAUCCCUGCAGUCGUGUGAAUCCAGCGCCCACCUGCUGCUCCCUCAUCACUUCAUUCUCCUGUGAUGAACACUCCAAAGCUUUUUAAUGAUCACUGACCACACAGUAAAAGUCCCUUGCUUUGUAUGUCCCUGUUGACAGAGUUACGUGGACAGAGAGCACGUACGCCACUCCACUCAUUCAGCUGCUGUCACCUGUUUUCAGCUCCCCUCUCUGCACCUGUUGGACAGGAGCAGAUUGAUGCAUCAGAUAAGAUCAAGGGAGACUAUUUAACAGCAGCACUCGUCUGGGAUGUGGGCAGAUAGAAGAAAUCUAAGUUACAUCACUUCCUGUGAACGAAUACAGCUUUGUCUCUUCAUUUUCUCUUUGUCAGCUUUCUGAGACACCGAGCUCGAUGUGUAAAGGACUCUCCUCCCUGCCCUCCUCAUGCCUGGAGAAGGCAAAAGAGAUGCGGGUGAUGUUCGGCCAUCUGGCUGAGACACACCACAAGCAAAAGGAUGGAAAAACUCUUCAGGACCUGGAAACUCUGCUGAACAGCAAAGGUGGCCUGCAGGCGUUUCGUGGGUUCCUGCGUUCAGAGUUCAGUGAGGAGAACCUGGAGUUCUGGCUGGCGUGUCAGAACUACAGGGUUUUGCCCUCAAACCUGCAAAAGACCAAGGCCAGCGGCAUCUACAGCCAGUUUAUCAACCCUGAUGCACCGCAGGAGGUCAACCUGGACGCGGAGACCCGUGAGGCUCUGCUGAGUGUGAUGGACUCUCCGUGUGCCGACACGUUCAAGACGGCACAGCAGACGAUCUACAACCUGAUGGCUAAAGACUCCUUCCCUCGCUUCCGGCGCUCCCACCACUUCGUAGAGGCCAUUAGGGCUUUUUAAAGAUACAGAGUACUACCACAAACCUGCUUUAGAAAUAAGUGCUGAUGGAUCUGUACUUCAGGACAUGUUGAUUGUAUUGUAUCAUUAAUUUCAAUAGGCAGCUUGUCGUGAUUGUUGAUCUUACUAGCGUUGUAAUAACACACUGUUACAUUCAGGAAGCAUGUCGUCCCUGUGGCACCACUGUAGUUAAUUAAGGCAUAAUUAGGAAACAUAGACACCUCUUAAUAACUAUGACCCUGAAUUUUAGAUGUGACUAUAUUGCGCCUGUGGAUUACAUGAGGUUCAAAUGACGUUCACAACGGAUUUAAAUAAAUCACUUAUAAAAGAUCCACAGUUUGGUACUUAAUUGUAUUAUUUUAUAUACACACUGUAUAUAAGCUUUAUUCUAUAUAUAAAUAAACACAGCGUGACCA